AUGUCUCUUACACCACAAAAGCUCCGUUUGGACAGCGGUCUUCUGGAACAGCUACAAGCAAGGUUCCCAUCAUAUAUACCUCCGAGCCCAUCGUCGCCAAUUGCAACAGGCAUGGCUGCACUUGAACGCCGGACGUCGAACAGGUCAGCGACUAGUCAAUAUAACAAAGCUGGCAGCCGAACCGCUUCACCUCUCCACGUGAACCAGACGAUAGAAACACCGUCAGGUAUCAGAAGUACAAAUUCAUCGCCUGGCCCUUUGUCUGGCAGCAGAAGAGUUCCUCCUCCGCCUUUGAAGACCAAGAUAAGGCCUCCGAGCGAGCUGUUCCUGCCCACGCCGAAAACAGCAAAGAGUGCUGGCUUCAGGUUCUCUACGAUCAUUCCUGAAGAUGGUGUGGCAAUCAAGUCAGAACCAGCAACACCAGAGACUCCAGUCUCAGCACCAUCAUUUUCGCCGCCUACACUAUCACCAGUAUCUGCUUCCAUCGCCGACGCCAUCAGUCGUGUCGAUGUAGGCGCGUCAGUUCAGAAUGCCAUCGAUAAUCUUAGCAAACCCGAAGCAAAUCGCUUUAUAUUCCCUCCAUUGCGAUCUUCGACUGCUCCGCCUGCGAGUUUGCGUCGGCAACCGAGUUUUGCGUCCAUCAAGUCAUCAAAAUCUUUGCCUCUACGAGCAAUAAGCACUCGUCUCGCUCGUAUGAGUCGCGCAGGAGGCGGCAGUUCUCGAGGUGCUGGAGUCAAUCCCAACAACCAACCCAAGAAACGAGGCUCACACUUUUCUGGCAUCGACAAGGAUAUCGCAGCAGACAGAAGAGUAAGCUUCAUGCUCGCAAGACACAAAUCCAACUUGGAAAGUGUGCUGGCAUCUCCUGUCGAGGAACAAACACCUGCCAGACCGGUGCUGCGCAAAGCUGCAACAAGUGUCAUGCCUUGGCGUAAAAAAAAGCGAGGUGAAACCAUGAGCAUGCUUCUUGACUCUGGCUUCUUUCCUGUUCAAGAAUUUAUUUACGAGAAGAACGAUACACCGCCAUCUUCGGCAACGCGUAGCCCAAGCAAGCGCAAUCAGCUCGCUCUAAACAUUCUCGUCAAAGACCUUCCAACCGAGCGUCCUUCUUCAAUCCUCAACACACCUACAAACUUUUAUCAGUCAGGCCGUAUAAGUCUGAGGAGGUCGACGCGCAGCAAUCAGCGUCGUUCGCUGGGUUCUCGACGCAGAAUCUUGACUGCGGCUUCCGUAUCGAGCUCACAAGGCUCACCACUGUCAAUCACGCACAACAAUGUCGUUGCACCUCUCCAAUCGCCAACAAGCCCAAUUAGUCCUAAGACUCCAUUGACGCCCACCAAAGCUCUUGCGGCACUGACAGCCGGCAUGCUCUUACCUCCGUCACCGGGCUCAGAUGGCAGCCUCAAGUCUGCUCUACCAUCACUAGGCAUCCUAGAAGUGAUUCCCGAGGACAAUGGCACUACUGCCAUUCACUCAACCACAUCUCCGAUCUCUCACAAUUCUAUACGAUCCAUCCCUGAAGCACCUGCCUUACCAGACGCCACAGGCAGCGAAAUCCACCUCAGCUCCGGCACAGUUCUCAUGGUCAAAACGCCUGGAACAACAGCCUGGCGCCGCUCAGUCUACAUCCAAGGACCAAUCAAACUACCCACUCCAGCUGUCGUGCCCAGAAAAGGUAGUAUCGCCACCCUCGAUCCUUUCCAAGAUGUGCUUAGCAACACUCCCAUCCCACGCCGCAAAUCCGAAGAUACAUGUCUAGACGACAUUUGCGAUUGGUACGAAACCUGGAACUACGAUGCUGUUUCCUUCGCUCACGAUGAGUUUGCUCUUGACACCGCUGCAAACUUGAUCAACGAAUACGCAUUGCUUCCAAUCGCCGAAGAACCCGAGGCUGUAGAUCGCACAGUACUAUCUCCCUCUCCAGCACCCCCACUAGCAAAACAAGUAGCAGCAGUGAUGCUCCGCCCGGACUCCACAGCCAUGAAGCCUCUCCCCCGAAUAAGCAUGCCCAUGGUUCCUCUGCCCGAACUCCCCAAAGCCACUUCUUCAAACACCAGCAGUGAGAACCUCACACGCCAAAAAGGACAUUCUAGGAACAGCAGCGGGAACCUUGCACAAAAUAAAGGACAUUCCAGAAACAGCAGUGGAGAGACUUCAUACAAAAGUGCUUCGUCGGAUCCGAUUCAGCGUACUGAUAGUAGAGGAAGCGGUUUCAGUGGUGUGAGUUCUGCGGAGGAAAAGAGUUGGUUCGAGAGUGAUGGGAAGGUGAAGGCAAAGAGGGGAAGUUUGCAGGAAGGAGGGGAGCAACAAUUGAAGCAGAAACCAGCGAGGAUGAGUAGGAUGAGGAGAUUUGUGCAGACUGCUAGUGCGAUCUUGUGA